GUUGUCAUUUUUACACCUUUCAGUUUUUCCCUCCCAACUUUUCCAACAUAGGAAUAUCUUCAACUCGGAAUGUCUCUACAUCAGUUCUUAUUGGAGCCAAUCACCUGCCAUGCAUGGAACAGAGACCGUACUCAAAUUGCCAUUAGCCCUAAUAAUCAUGAAGUCCACAUCUACAAGAAGAAUGGGAGCCAGUGGGUAAAAGCUCACGAGCUAAAGGAACACAAUGGGCACAUUACAGGCAUUGACUGGGCUCCCAAAAGUGAUCGCAUUGUAACGUGCGGCGCAGACCGCAACGCCUACGUGUGGAGUCAGAAGGAUGGUGUGUGGAAACCAACACUUGUGAUCCUGCGAAUUAACCGUGCAGCUACCUUUGUGAAAUGGUCUCCCUUGGAGAAUAAAUUUGCUGUAGGAAGCGGAGCUCGGCUUAUAUCUGUGUGCUACUUUGAAUCUGAAAAUGACUGGUGGGUGAGCAAGCACAUUAAAAAGCCCAUUCGUUCCACUGUCCUCAGCCUGGACUGGCACCCCAACAAUGUUCUGCUGGCUGCUGGAUCCUGUGACUUCAAGUGCAGAGUGUUUUCUGCUUACAUCAAGGAAGUGGAUGAGAAGCCUGCCAGUACACCGUGGGGCUCCAAAAUGCCUUUUGGGCAGCUGAUGUCAGAAUUUGGGGGUGCUGGCAGUGGUGGAUGGGUGCACAGUGUCAGCUUUUCUGCCAGUGGUAACCGCCUAGCCUGGGUCAGCCACGACAGCACUGUGUCAGUUGCUGAUGCUUCAAAAAAUAUGAUGGUUUCGCAGCUGAAAACAGAAUUCCUUCCACUCCUGAGCGUGUCAUUUGUCUCUGAGAACAGCGUGGUGGCAGCUGGCCAUGAUUGCUGCCCCAUGCUUUUUAACUGUGAUGACCGUGGCUUGCUGACCUUCGUUUCGAAACUGGACAUUCCAAAACAGAGCAUCCAGCGCAAUAUUUCUGCUAUGGAGCGCUUCCGAAAUAUGGAUAAAAGAGCCACUACAGAAGAUCGUAACACUACCCUGGAGACUCUGCACCAAAACAGUAUAACCCAGGUGUCUAUUUAUGAGAUAGACAAACGGGACUGUCGCAAGUUCUGCACCACUGGCAUUGAUGGAGCGAUGACCAUCUGGGACUUCAAGCCUUUACAGCAGGUUAUUUAACACUGCAUACUCAGCACGUUGUGAUUACGAUUUUCUCUCUUCCAAGACCUUAGAGUCCUCUAUUCAAGGUCUACGAAUCAUGUAAAGAUGGAUUUCCAGCAUCUAGCAGGACAAACUGCUUGACAGAACGCAGCUCCCACGUCUGCACAAACCUGAGGAGGGAGGAGAAAGGUGGAAUACUUGGAAACACUGAGAAAGAACAGCUUGGCAGAUUUUCUUUUGAAUCUAAAUUUGGUGAAUUGUGUUGGUUUCAAAAUCAGCUGUGAUUGUUCUUUUUUUUUUAUUAUUAUUUUUUUUUUGGUUGGUUGGUUGUUUCAUUCCAUUCUUUACCAAAGCUGCUCCUUAAGUAGUUUAUUGCAGGAAGUUGUGAAUCACUAACUUAAAAGGGGAAUUUUAUGUAAAUUGUCUGCUAGAAAUAAUAAUAAUAAUAAAAAAAAGAAAAACAGA